UACCCCGGCGCCUCAGUCGAGCCGCGACCGCCAAGACUGACGCAUGUGUCAUGCCGCAUCAGAACUAACCAAAUGAGGACUCCGCGAGACCCGAAUUCGCGAAAGUACACCAAAAUAUUACCCGCCAGUUACUGUUGACUGUGGUUCUUGUUCGUCCAAACCCUAGGAUAAGACUUUAUCGGACUGUUUCCAGUUUGUGCCCAAUGCGCGGAGAUGUCGCGUUGGCGCGGCUUCGAUGGCGCCGGCUGAGUGCGCUUGCCGGCUAGGCGCCCAUGCGCGCCUGGCUGCUUGUGUGUGCGGCGCUCGCGCUGGCGCCGUGCCGAGCGUCCGCCGACUCCGAGCGCUUGGAGCGGAUCAAGGCUCACAUUCUGGCCAAGCUGGGGAUGACGUCGCGACCGACGCCGCAGGGCGCGCCCCCGCACGACGUGGUGCGACAGAUCCUCGCCCGGGCUGCGGACCCCGCGCCCCGGGAGGAGCCCCACGACGAACACGCUAUGAGAGAGAUCAUAGCUAUAGCUCAUAAAGGUUAGAGGCUUUAAGGUGAAAAGAUCAGACAACUGAGACAUUGACAGAAGACAUAGCAUCAGAUUAUCACAGUACGCGAAAACAUAGCUAUCCCUAAUAGAGGUUAAGUUGGUGAUGAAAAGAUUAACUAAUGACGCUAAGAAGAAUGCUAGGACAGCUUCUUAAAACACCAGCCAUGGUAUCGCAACACAAUAUUGUCAUAAUUUUUCAUUCACCAUAUAACGUUUUUUUUUACGAAUAUAGUGGUCAACAGAAAAUUCUAUACUUUUUUGUGUCUAUUUAAGAUUUUUUAGAGUAAUAGCAUCAAAUGGUGAAUGUAAAAAAUAUAUCAGUGAAUAAUUUAAUGACAUUUUUCAUUAGUUUGAAAUUAUUUCAUGGCUGAAAGUGUAAUAAAUAAUGACAAAUUACCUGUUAAUUACAUAUUUCUUCAUAAUAAUUAACGAAAUUUAUCCCCAAGUUGUAUCCCCAAUAUUCGGGACCUGAUUCCCUGUGGCCCAGACAGAGCAUACUCAGCCUACUUGACAGUUAACAUGAUUACCUUAUCAAUAUCUACCAUUUAAUAUCGGGUCGUAUUGUUAUCCUUAUCUGAAUGACUUAUCGUUAAAACAAUCCAAAGUUAGUUCGCUUUGUUAGUUCUUGGAAUAUUCGUUUUGUCUUUCUCAGUUAAUAUUCGGUUUAUAUUUUAUAAAAUUGCAGAUGAGUUUCAGAUAGAAGGAUAUGAUUUGAAGAAUUUCACCAACUGUGCCAAUGAAACGAACAAUGAACUACAAAUUUUGAGCAAAACAGCAAUUAAGUAGCUGUGCUUCCACAUCCCAGCCGAAUGGCUCACAAUCGCUAUCAAACCGCAUGGGUAUUCGGGUCAUCUUUGCUGGUUUCUGUUGUAGCUGAUGCAGUUCAGAUGAAAGAAAUCGUGAAUCAACUAUCAGCCGCAAUUCCGGGAUUAUUCGGUCCUGGUUGGGGACGCUAUGCGCCAGCGCAUGCGGGUCAUCGGCCCACCCAUUCUGAGACCAUUUCACCCAAGUUCCUGCGUUAAAAAAGUGAUAUUUUAACAAAAGAACAGUUUAAUUUCAACAAUAGAGUAUCAAUAUUUGAUUAUAGAAAUUCUAUUUUUUUUGUCUCAACAAUAAAAAAAAAAUAAUUUAAAUUAUAAGCCAUUUCAAUUCAACUAAUUUCAAAUAUGCGAAAGUUUGUACGAUGUAUGUGUGUGUUUCACUCAAAAUCUAUUGGACGGAUUCUUCGCUUUGACUGACCGGAAAUUUGGUACACGGGUUAUAAUUUGGAAUAACACAUAAGGUACUAGUUUAAAUCUAUUUAAAAAGCACCUCAAGUCUUUAUUGACUGAUAAAUGUUAUUAUACUUUAAAUGAUUUCUUUAAUGAUAGACUCGGAUAGAAUUUAGUGUUAGUAUAUAUUAUAAUUCUUUUUUUUUGUUUUGGAUUUGUAGUGGAUAGCAUGCUCCUCUUUAUUUAUUUAUAUUUGCAUACCUAUAUUCGGUAAAACAUGUAGGUUUAAUUCAUUGCGACAUCAAUUUGUAUAUUUGUACUCAUGUUUUUGGCAAAUAAAUGUUUUCUUUCUUACUUUUUACCCCGAAAGCGAAGCCCCGGGGCGCAAUAUGAGCAUGAAAUACAUUAAAAUAUUAAACAUUU